AUGAACGCUACCCAACCGGAGUCGCACAUUGUGCAAUGGCUGACGUGGACCCAGGACACGAUUGGGUUCGGCACACUGGCCGCAACGGUGCUGUUAAUCGCUCUACUUUACGACCAGUUUUCCUACGUCAAGUCCAAGGGGUCCAUUGCCGGCCCGCCUCUGAAAAUGUGGCCAAUCAUCGGCCCAUUUCUGGACUCCAUCAACCCGGACUUUGAGAAAUACAAGGCCCAGUGGGCGUCGGGGGCGCUCAGCUGCGUGUCUGUGUUCCACAAGUUUGUGGUGCUCGCAUCUGAUCGGGACCUGACCCGUAAGAUCUUCAACUCCAGCGCAUACGUCAAGCCCUGUGUGGUGGACGUGGCCAUUAAAAUCCUGCGGCCCACCAACUGGGUCUUUCUGGACGGUAAGGCCCAUGUCGACUACCGACGAGGUCUCAACGGCCUCUUCACCAACAGAGCCCUCAGCAUGUACCUGCCCAUCCAGGAGGGCAUCUACGACACCUACUUUGACAAGUUUGUUGAAAUGAGCAAGGACGGCCACGUGCCCUACAUGCCCAUUUUCCGAGAAAUCAACUGCGCGCUCUCUCUGCGAACCUUCUGCGGCAACUACAUCACCGAGGAGCAGAUCAAGGAAAUUGCCCACGACUACUACCUGGUGACUGCCGCCCUCGAGCUCGUCAACUUCCCCAUCAUUCUGCCCUUCACCAAGGCCUGGUACGGCAAAAAGGCCGCCGACAAGGUGAUGGACAUUUUCGCAAAGUGCGCCCAGAUGGCCAAGGACCACAUCAAGGCCGGAGGAGAUGUCACCUGCACUAUGGACGCCUGGAUCGCCAUCAUGAACGGCCGGGACUUUGACAGCGACCACGGCACCGUGCCCAACAAGAAGAUUCGAAAGUUCACCAACAAGGAGAUUUCAGAGACCAUCUUCACAUUUCUGUUUGCCUCUCAGGACGCGUCCUCUUCCGCCACCACCUGGCUCUUCCAGAUUGUUGCCGACCGACCAGACGUGUACGCCAAGAUUCGAGAGGAGCAGCUGGCGGUGCGAGGAGGUGACCCCAACGUACCCCUGUCGCUGGAGCUCACCGAGAAAAUGACUUACACCAACAUGGUGGUCAAGGAGUGUCUGCGGCUGCGACCCCCUGUCAUUAUGGUUCCCUACGUGGCCAAGAAGGACUUCCCCAUCUCGGACACCUACACAGUGCCCAAGGGCUCCAUGAUCAUCCCCACGGUCUACCCCUCGCUGCAUGACCCCGAGGUGUACGAGCGGCCGGACGAGUUUGUGCCCGAGCGAUGGCUGCCUGACGGAGACGGCACCAAAAACGCAAAGAACUGGCUCGUGUUCGGCACCGGGCCCCACUACUGUCUGGGACAGAAGUACGCGCUCAUGAACUUCACCAACAUGAUUGGAAAGGCCUGCAUGAACCUCGACUUUACACACAAGGUGACGCCUCUCAGUGAAAAGGUGCGUGUGUUUGCCACAAUCUUCCCCGAUGACGAUUGUCUGUUGCAGUUUAAGAAGAGGGAGUAG